AGAAUCAGCACUGGGAGGAGCGUAGCUGGGCAUCCCUGGAGCUGAAGAAGGUACGAUGUUUACUUCCUCCAGUCUUCUGGAUAAAUAACCCUCGGCCCACCGCGGCCAUGCCGCAGGCCUCCCACCGGACGCUCGGAUGAAGCCGGACGGGAAGCGCGGCGGCGGGGAGGAGGACGCGGGGUGGUUGUAACAGAAGGUGGGAGGAUGCACUGGGCUGCUGGCUUCGCCUCUACCCGACCGUGUGUGGUUGAACUGGGGCGGAACCACAGCCUGCCGCUCGGGCUGUGCGGCUCCGAGCAGCAUCAGUCCUUGUAUGGCUACAUCAUCGCCUUUCCUCUGCAGGACUACGGAGGCAUCAUGUCGGCUCUGGGCUCGGACUCCUGGUGGAAGAAGACCCUCUACAUCACCGGGGGGGCGCUGCUGGCUGCUGCAGCCUACCUACUGCAUGAGCUGCUCGCCAUCAGGAAGGAGCAGGAGUUGGACUCUCAAGAUGCCAUCAUCCUGCAUCAGUUCUCCAGACCAAAGAAUGGCAUCCCGAGCCUCUCCCCCUUCUGCCUCAAGAUAGAGACAUACCUGCGCAUGGUGGAUCUGCCUUAUCAGAACUACUUUGACGGGAGGCUGUCACCUCAGGGGAAGAUGCCGUGGAUCGAGUACAAUCAUGAGCAGGUGUCAGGGUCAGAGUUCAUCGUGGAUUUUCUGGAGGAGAAGCUGGGGGUGAACCUAAACAAGAACCUCACCCCACAGGAAAGAGCCGUUUCCCGAGCUGUCACCAAAAUGGUUGAAGAACAUCUUUACUGGACAAUAGCCUACUGCCAGUGGGUGGAUAAUGUGGAGGAAACCCAGAAUCUGCUGGCGAUGGACGGGCCUUUGAGCGACACACUAAAGUGGGUGCUGAGCCACCUAAAUGGUAGCAUGGUGCGCAGAGAGAUGUACGGCCAUGGCAUCGGGCGCUUUUCUAAGGAGGAAGUCUACAGGCUGAUGGAGAAGGACAUGAGGACACUGGCCACGCUGCUGGGUGAUAAGAAAUACUUUAUGGGCUCCAAGAUGUCAACAUUAGAUGCCACAGUGUUCGGGCAUCUAGCUCAGGCUAUGUGGACUCUACCCGGGACACGACCAGAGCAGCUCAUCAAAGGAGAGCUGAUCAACCUGGCCAUGUUCUGUGAGCGGAUGCGGAGGAGAUUCUGGCCCGAGUGGUUUGUGGAGGUGGAGGAUCUUUAUUACGAYGGCGACAGUGGGAGCAGCAGCCGCACCGGGACCCCCGCAGGACUGCUGGACUUUGACCUCUUCUCUAGGACUGACACUCUGGACGACAGCGAGAGCAGCAACCCCUCAGCCAAACACACGCGCACCCCGGACUCCGACCACUCGCUCUUUGACUCGGACGUGGACACGGGCUCUGAGAACGACAUUCACCUUAAAGACGAGUUCAUGCCAGACUUGGAGGUUUGACGACAACAACUUGCUCACGUGGAGAAACGUUUCCAGCUUCUCCAGUUACCGAACCGAGCAUGUGACACCUCCCCAACAUCCAGACCGGGUGUUUAUAUGCAGAGGAGACAAAAUGGACUUCACAUUAAACAUACUGUACGGUUUGUUCCCUCCUGUCUCAUCAGAAGUGUCCACCUGGCAGUUCCUCUUUGCCUUAUUUGUCUCAGACACAGCAGUUGUCGUGAAGUUACCCAAACUGAUCGUCUGAUCUCGUAAAAAAAUAAAUAAAUAAAAAAUAAAAAUAAAAAGCAGCGUUGCAGACGGGACAGGUGGCACUUCACUUGCUAUGAAAUGAUGCAACUAAUCACCAUWCUGCCGUGUGUCGGAACUCAUAAAUCCAUUCAAACAGGUGGAGAUUGAUCACGUGCUUCAAAAGGAACAGCUGCUGCGUCUCCGCUGUUUAUCUUCUGUGAUGCUGAGCAUUGAACACCGAUGACACGGAGCGUCUCUUCAUCUCCUGCAUCAGUCCUCGUGUUGUUUCCUGUYCGCUGCUGGAUGAAGGACUCAAUCAUCUACUGUAAAAGUCAGAUUCACCCGUUGGUUUGUUGAAAGAAGAUUAGGAGGAAUGAUUAGCAGAUUUGUGCCUGUUUUAUUUGACAGUUAUCAUUUAUGUCAUUUUUUUAACUAAGUAAUUAACUGCUUUUACUUGAGASUAGAGUUUUUCAUACGUUCAGCAUCCCUCAGGUGCUAUAAUAGAGCUGCAGUUCUUACAUUCCACCACUAGAUGGAGACAACAGUCAGCAUGAUGUCCUGAUUCUGUUUGAAGCAACCACACAUUUUUGCUUCAUUCCUCCAUAAUAAUAAUAAUAAUAAUAAUAAUAACCAACCAUAGGUGACCUGUUAUGCAAUGCAGUUUUCAUUUAUUUACAUGUGGAAGUGAACAAAUCAGCCUCAGUGCUCAGAAUAUUUUAAAAAAUGCUCCUUUUUUUGGUUCCGAUAUAAUUUCAGUGCCAUGUUAUUAUUUUUCUAUUAUGAGUUUAUGUGUCAAAAAUAUAUAUAUUUUUGUUAA